GCCGCCAUGUUCGCUGCGGGCACGCCUCGGCGCAGCCGGGGGCGCCAUGUCUGUUAAGGGCGGCUGCCGGCGAAAGGUCCCUGGGCCUGCGCCCGCCCCGCACUGCCGCGGGCUGCGGCACGGGAGCGCGCCCAGGGCGGCCGCGGGCACCGGCACAGGAGCGCGCCUGGAGCGGCCGUGAGUCACUGCGAGGACGGGGCGCUCCAGCCACUCUCCUUGUAGAAAGAAGCCCAUGCGAAAGACUACCCCUUCCCAUCAGCUGACCUGUGCGCACAGCUGAAAGCCUGGGGAGCAACUUGGCAGGAUGAAGCCUGUCAUUGUGGUGCACGGUGGAGCUGGCCGGAUCUUCAAAGAACGAGAAGAGGGAUGUCGUGCUGGCGUUGUCAGAGCUGCGCUGCGAGGUUACGCUCUCUUGAAGCAGGGAGGCAGUGCUGUGGAUGCAGUUGAGGAGGCAGUACGGUCAAUGGAAGAUGAUCCUCAUUUUAAUGCAGGUUGUGGAUCUGUUCUAAAUGAAAAAGGUGAAGUAGAAAUGGAUGCCAUUAUCAUGGAUGGAAAAAAUUUAGACUCUGGAGCAGUGUCUGCAGUUAAGUGCAUAGCAAACCCAAUAAAACUUGCUCGACUUGUUAUGGAAAAGACAAAGCACAUGCUGCUGACUGACCAUGGGGCACACCUGUUUGCUCAGGCCAUGAGUAUUCCUGAAAUUCCUGGGGAGAAACUCAUAACUGAGAGAUCCCGGGAGAGGUGGAAGAAGAACCUUGAGCCAGAUUCCAACCCUGAAGAGUUUCAGAAAGACCUUGGAACAGUCGGUGCUGUUGCUAUAGACAGUGAAGGCAAUGUAGCUUGUGCAACAUCCACAGGAGGACUCUCUAAUAAAAUGAUUGGCCGUGUUGGUGACACAGCAUGCAUAGGAAGUGGAGGUUAUGCUGACAACCAUUCUGGUGCCACUUCAACCACAGGACAUGGGGAGAGCAUUAUGAAAGUGGUCUUAGCCCGACUGAUUCUCUAUCACAUGGAGCAAGGAAUGUCACCAGAGGUAGCAGCGGACACUGCAUUAGACUACAUGAAGACACGAGUUGGGGGUUUGGGGGGUGUCAUUGUUGUCAACAAGGCAGGAGAGUGGGCAGCAAGGUUCUCCACCAAGCAAAUGUCCUGGGCUACUGUAAAGGAUGACAAGCUGCAUUAUGGCAUUUAUGCUGGGGAGAAGCAUAUAAAGUCUGUUGAGGAAGCUCUUGCAUCCGAAAGGGAGGGAUUCUGAGAACGAAGAAAGUUGACUGACAGAGAAGUAUGAAGAUCUCCAGUUUUUGCUGGAGGACAAUGACAGUUGAUUUUGUCUUUCUGAAAGAUCUUUUGGUUCACAGGCAUUACCACAUUUACAGUCAAAACAAAAUCUGGACAUUGUUCUUUGGUGGACAAAGUCUUUUAAUACCUUUGUGAAGUCAGAUCCUCCUUUUUUAGAUAAGAAAGAGAAUGGUCUGUAGGUUUCUUGGUUAGCAUGCCUUAAUCAAAGGGAGCCUGAGUUUCAGUAUUAGAGGAACUCCUUUCCACAUCCAUUUUCAGAGACUGCUGCCAGGAUGAUUUGAGAGAAGAAUACCUAUUAAAUAAAAGCUGAAUUUUGAAAAUCCAGGGUCUUUUGAGCAGCCAUCUCAUGGUACCAGCUUGCUAACGGUCAAUGAAAUACCACCAAAGAGCAGUGAAGAGUUGAGAUUAAAAUUGUUCUCACAGGCUUGAGGUAACUUGUCACAGGAUAUAAUGAAGUAAAGAAAGUAACUUUCUCCAGAGAAGGGAAAGGUGAUGCUAAGGAGCUCUAAUUCCAUUCAUUGACAUCACAACCAAGUAGGCUAGGAUGUUUCAAACUGUAUGUGGACAGUUAACCGGACAGGACCGGAAAGAUGCUAUGAACUUAGUAUCUGGGGUAGAAAUAGAGAAGGUCAUGCUUUCAAUAAAAAUAACAGCAAUCUUUUCUAUUCAAAUGCAGAGGUGAUAGGCACCUUUUAAGUCAAAACACGAGACAGAUGAUUAACUGGAAAAAUAAUUAUCUGAAAGUAAGUGAUCAAAGCAAGUUGUACUAAAAUAAAUAAAACUGCCUGUUAACAAGCUUGUUGUGUGAAGUCUGAAACAUUGUCUGCAGAGAUUUUCUUUUUUUAAAAAAAUUGAUGUUCUGUUACUUCUAAUACAUUUUCUUCAUUAAGAUUUUGUACUUUUAAAAGAGAGAGAAAAAUUCCUUUUUUAUUUUCUGACUGUCAACUAUAUAAUAUUUUUGUGUUAAGAACUGUAAUAAUUUUAUGCAUUUCAGCUGGUGACUAGAUUUUUCUCUUACAUGCCAUCAUUCUGUGGAAUGUUCCCUUCACAAAAUAGCCCAAAUAACCAUAACAAAUAUCUUAAA